AUGACCGAUCACGUAUCAUCGGUGGCAGAGGAGGAGGCUGUGGUUGAGAUGGUUACAGUGGAUGAGGAAAGAGCGGAAUCACCGGAGCCGAUGGCCAAGGAAAUGGAUUCGCCACAGCUGAUGCCGCAAGCCCAAGUGUACGACGAAGCCCUCGAAGACGAAACCAAUCAGCUCCUGUCGGAAAUCUCAGCGACCCUAACCCGACCUACCCGAGCCCUCUCAUGCCCCACCAUCUCCACCGCCGCCACCGACCGCGGCCCGUCAUCCGCGACAUCCUCCACCACCUCUGGCUCGGAGUCUACACCGACCCCGACGGCCACGCCCACCAGCGCCACGACGACCCAAAACGCUAUGCGGCUGGCUUUUGGGAGAUGUUCCGCAGCAAUGAGCUCUAAACAGAAUCUGGAGCUGAUUAUGAACCAGGCGGCCCGGGUUAGGGACUCAGAGAGCGAUGAUGAUGAGUAUGAUGAAGAGGAGUUGAGGGAAUUGGUGAAGGCGAGGGAUCAGCAGAUGGAUAUUCUUAAUCGGGAGGUGAAGCAGUUGAAGACAACACAAGAAUUCCUCCUCUCAAAACUCGAAUCCCGCACAAACCAAGUGAACGAGCUCCGCUUCGCCAAUAAGGCUCUCCGAGCCCUCAACCGCACCCUCCUCGCAUCAUCGGCCUCGUUCGAUUCCGAUGGCCCCUCGCGUUCACGCACCACAUCAGACGACAUCAUCGCUCGCGGCUCCGCGGACGUAAAGGUCGUCGACGUCUCCCCUGACAAGCCCAAUGAUGAAACGGGAGAGGAGAAACACGAUCUUGAAGGGUGCGACACCCCAGAUUCCGGCAUCGGAUCGCUGGCAAACAGCGUCGCGCCGUCGCUGAACGCAUCACCGCUGAGACGGCGGUCCGAGGAGUUGGAUGCGAAGGUGGAGCGUAUGGAGUGCCAGCAGAUCAUUUCCGACCUCCAAGACGAAAUCGAAGCCCUCCUCCUCUACGCCAACAAACUCGCCACGCACAUCCUCUCCCACCCCGAGUCCCACUCCCCCAACGCCUCCCCCACACCAAUGCCCAACCCCCUCCUGACAACCCUCCAAUCCCUCCGUCUCCAAAUCCCAGACUCGCUGCGUAAACGCGCGUCCCUUGAUGGGGUGUUUGGCGGGUUCUGGCCUGCCGCGAAUAAUGGUGAGAAAAGCAAUAGGCCGUCGACGGCGGUGGGGUCGCCCCGUUUGGCGAUGAAGGUUGGGAGAGAGGAAGUGGCGGCGCCCAGCUCGCCGGUGUCGCCGGGAUGGUUUAGGAGGUUUGGCGGGUUUGGGGAGCAGCCGAGUAGUGCGCCCGUCGAGGUUUCGCGAUAG